GGCACCGGACCCGUUUCCAAAGCACUAUACCGUAUGGCUCCUGCAGAAUUGAAGGAGUUAAAGGUCCAGCUGGAGGAACUCCUUGAGAAAGGGUUUACACGCCCUAGUGUAUCACCUUGGGGAGCUCCAGUGUUGUUUGUCAAGAAGAAGGAUGGGAGCAUGAGGCUAUGCAUUGAUUACCGGGAAUUGAAUAAGGUGACUAUGAAGAACCGGUAUCCCCUUCCUAGAAUUGAUGACUUGUUUGACCAGCUCAAGGGUGCCCAGGUAUUUUCCAAGAUUGAUCUUCGAUCUGGCUACCACCAGUUGAAGAUUAAAUCGGAUGAUGUGCCAAAGACUGCCUUUCGCACCCGUUAUGGUCAUUAUGAGUUCAUAGUCAUGCCAUUUGGCUUGACGAAUGCCCCUUCCAGAUUUAUGGAUUUGAUGAAUCGGGUGUUUAGCAACUAUGCUCUUCAUGAGAAGCACUUGAGGACAGUCCUCGAGACGUUGAGAAGGGAGAGGCUGUUUGCUAAAUUCAAGAAGUGUGAAUUUUGGCUAGACAAUGUUGCAUUCCUAGGUCACGUGGUGACUAAGGAUGGAAUCUCUGUUGACCCCCAGAAAAUUGAGGCCGUGGUUGAUUGGAAAAGGCUGAAUAGUGUUGUAGAAAUCCGUAGAUUUCUGGGAUUGGCUGGUUAUUACCGCCGAUUUGUGGGGGAUUUCUCUAGAAUUUCUCUGCCCAUGACUCGUCUUAUCAGAAAGGACACCAAGUUUGAGUGGACCCCAGAGUGUGAGAAGAGCUUUUUGACCUUGAAGGAGAAGUUGAUCACUGCUCCUGUACUUGCACUUCCAAUUAAUGGGGAAAAAUUCACUAUAUAUAAUGAUGCCUCUAAAAAGGGUUUGGGAUGUGUCUUGAUGCAAAAAGAUAGGGUUAUUGCAUAUGCUUCUCGGCAGUUAAAGCCUUAUGAAGAAAAUUACCCUACCCAUGAUCUGGAGUUGGCAGUCGUGGUAUUUGCACUCAAGAUCUGGAGGCAUUAUCUGUAUGGUGAGACUUGUGAAAUCUCCACUGAUCACAAGAGCCUUAAGUAUAUUUUCACUCAAAAGGAGCUUAAUAUGAGGCAGAGGCGAUGGCUUGAACUUUUAAAGGACUACAACUUGACCAUUAGCUACCAUCCGGGCAAGGCUAACAAGGUAGCAGAUGCGUUGAGCAGGAAGUCCUCUGGCACAGCCUCUAGCAUCCUUGCCACUCAGAAGGAGUUACUUGAGGAUCUUGUGAAA